AUGGAGUUUGCAGGUUUUAUAUCAUCAAUCACACCUACAAAUAAGCACAGCGACAAGUCUUAUUCUCUCGAAGCCUUGCCUCAAGACAUUCUGAUCAGAAUAGUUUGUGGUGUGGAUCAUGAUGAUUUGAGAGCACUGUUUCACGUAUCCAAGACUCUCCGAGAAGUGACGUUGGUUGCUAAAAAAUUACAUUUUGAAUAUAGUACGCCGAAGAAGGUGGUUCAUUUCUUGAGGAACGAUGAUGAUUUUGGGGAGUUUAAUGGAGUUGUGGUUGCACCAAAUGCUCCAAAACACUUGAGAGUUACGAGGUCUCGGUUCAUUAGCCAGAAGCUGGCUGAUAUAUCUGUUGCCCUAUUUACAUCAGAUGAUGCUGGGGCUGUUAAAUGGCAAUGCAAAAAGCAGUUUUUGCAGAUGGCUUUGCGGCCCGGGAUAGACGAGGUCAGGUCCUGA